CUUUAGCUUGACAAACAUUCUGUGCAUUGAAUUUUUCUGCACGUAACCCAUCUCAAUGCUAGCCCUCCGCGCAACACGUAUUUUGCUAUCUGCAAGUUCUGGAGCUGGUCCGGCGCUUCGUACCGGACCUUCUAUUGCCAAUGGUUAUGUUUUGCGUAACAUAGCCUCCAAACCGAAGUUUGACUACCGAUGGAUACAGUGGGGUUCAUUCGUGACCCUUGCAGGUUUUCUUGCCGGUGGAACUAUGUAUAUGUCCCAAGACCUUGAAAAAGCCCUCCGCGCAACACGUAUUUUGCUAUCUGCAAGUUCUGGAGCUGGUCCGGCGCUUCGUACCGGACCUUCUAUUGCCAAUGGUUAUGUUUUGCGUAACAUAGCCUCCAAACCGAAGUUUGACUACCGAUGGAUACAGUGGGGUUCAUUCGUGACCCUUGCAGGUUUUCUUGCCGGUGGAACUAUGUAUAUGUCCCAAGACCUUGAAAAAGGCGGGGAUUUCAAUUUGAUCGAUCAUAACGGCAAACCAUGCAGUCUGGCGUCCUUUCGUGGCAAAUGGGUGCUGCUCUAUUUUGGCUUUUGCCAUUGUCCCGAUAUUUGCCCGGAACAGCUAGAACGAUUGGUGGAGAUUGGUGACCGAAUAGCUCUGACGGGCGCGACCAAUCAAACUCUAGUUCCAGUUUUCCUCACUGUGGACUAUGAACGCGACACGCCUGACGUUGUAGCCGGGUAUGUCAAAGGUAUCCAGUCGAGCAAUGAAGAUUUGGGUCGAGAACUGAAGGGCAUACCAAUAUCAGCGUUGCCCACUGCAACAGUUUCAGAAUCGCUUGAAUUUCGUAGUCUGUAG